AAUAGUUGCUACAACUCUAACUGUAUUCACAGUUUGGAGGUUCAAAUGAAACUGAGGGUUGUCUGCAGAAAAAUUUACGACUACAUAAGGUAUGAUCUCAAAGAAAUCGCUUUCCCCUCUUCAUUGCCGGAUCCUCCUCACUUAAAAAAGCGUCGCAAAUUGACCAGGGAUGAGCGUAUCUGGGUUUUGAAGAGAGCUUCCAGGCUUUAUGCCGCAAGCUGGGUUCGUGACAUUGGUCCUGACCUUCGGCCAGACGAUUACAAGAAGGAUGACAUGGCUACUGAAACAAAUGAUGAAAAGAGAACAGAUAAAGGAAAAGAACCCUCAACACUUGAGGAUCUCGCUGUAGCUGCUAGAGGGGGAAUGGAGACCCUCAGACCUGCUUUGCAGCGUGUGUACAUGACCAGAGCAUCUGCAUACAGAGAUGCUCUUAAAAGUUUCAUAGAAGGAUACCAAGAGGGUGUUCAGCAAGUGAUGGAGAAGAAGGAAGAUUCCAAUACGCAAGAAGAUGCUGAUCUACCCCCAAAAAAACCAACUUGAACUUGCUUGUAGGAAGGGUGAUGCUUCUUUUCUGGUAGACCCACCAGUAGUUUGGACUAACGCAUGAAGUUUGACAGAAAUUAGUGCCAGUCCUCUUGAUUAAAAGGUUUUAAUGUACAUUUCACUAAACAUAAAGGGUCGAAUAUUCCAAAUGGGUGUAUUUUGGAUACUAUACAUCUAUUAGUAGAUCUGAAUUUUGUUUUUGCAAAUUUUGUUGAGUUUUUUAAUUUUAGGUGCUUAUUAGUGAUGUUAAAGGUAUCUCUUUGCUCUCCAAAGGUAUCUUUAACAGCUAGCUAUAGUUAAUGAUGUAUUAUCUCUUAUCAUUUAUACGUGCGCCCCUGAAGAUACACAUGAAGUUAUGGUUUCAAUUUACUAUUCAAGUAAUCACAUCAAGUUAUGCUUUCUUUCUUGCCGUGCUUGAUCCUAUUAUGUGAAAGAUUUUAAGCAGGGAUGGGGUGGUGGCGAAGUCCUUUAAUUUGAUUCUCCCCAUUCCUGCUUAUGGAUGCAUGGAAUACAAUCACUGUAUGCAUUUAACACAUUUCAAGGUCACUAUUGCAUGUUUGUUUUAUUCACUUCGAGAUAUGUGCAUUCACCUGCUAAAAGAUGCUAUAAGGAAAUCUUCAUAUAUGAUUGACUCUGGGUUGGGUUGGACGGUAUCUUUGUCUAAUACUGUUUACUGGAGAUCAUUUUAUCAUUUUUCCCAGGUAGAAUUACUUUGGCAUCCUACUAUACUGAUGGCUAUGCAGGUGGGCUGAAUUAUCAGCUGAAACUUGAGCUAGCGCUUCUACCUCGGUUUGUCAUUUUUAUUUAAAAAUAUGUAUGUGGCAGACAAUUUGGGUCAUGAGAUGCCAGGUUGAAUAGUUUUGGCAUUGUUGUGGAGAAUGAGAUGAUUGAAAAGACUUGCAUAAUGAGAGACGAGACAUAAAAUUAGGUCCCCACAAUAUUAUUGAUUCCUUCUUUCGGGUGAUAAGCCUGGUAUAUGGGUCUAUUUCUUUAUGAAGAUUGCAUCUACAGUCUUGGUCUGAAUUAUGGAGGAAUAGUUCUUACUAUUUCAGGUAAGAGUUGUAUGCCUAACGUUAUGGGUAGGGAUUUUAUUUUCAGCCUUCCCUCGUUGCCAUAGUUUGCGGAGAAUCUUUUAUAUCUCAAGUUUUGGAUCACUUGUGCUAUAACAUUGAAGGGCAUGAUCUACAAGAUUGUCAUACAUUUUAGCUUUACCAUUCUGUAGUGAGAAUGAAUUUGUCAGGAUGAGCCUGUUGAGCUUUCCAUGUGAAUGGAUGCAGGAAAGAGCAUCGUUUUGUGAUUAAUCUGUUUAAUUUUGUUUUUGGUAGUUCAUAUGCUGAAACGUGAGGCUUAGGUUACCGAGAUGCAAAGGGAGAUUUAGUAGGUGUUGAUGCUAAUAUGAAGACGUGCUUUAUUCUUCAAGAAAUAGAGUUCCCAUUUGUGUUCUUUAUUCUAGAGCUCACCUAAAGGAGGUACAGUGUGAGAUUCGUCCACCUCUCAAAGUAAUGCGAAGUGGUGUGGCAUAAAAGAUACACAACACUCAUAUAGUAUUGCUCUCUUAUUUUUCUCUUUAAUGUCAUCUGUACUGUAUUACUAUCUAUGCAUAACUGUAUCACUCCUGCAGGUCAAAGCCUUUCAUUUCUUUGAUAGGCCAUUAUGUGUAGGCCAAUGAUAAACACCACAAUCCGAGGACCCUCCCACUUGCAGAGCCAGUGUGAGCCACACAGAGAGAGAUUGGACGCCUUCACUUGCAGGAGUUCAAUGGGUCUCUUGUGUAAAUCUUUAUGGGCCCCUGAUAAUCGCAUGACACACUAUUUGAUUACUCUUAAAGGUAUUCUGCACUCCUGUCGUUCUUUAGCACAAUUAUUUUGCAUUAACUUGGAUGGAACUCAUAUCGAUCAUAUUGAUUGAAAGCAAAAAGGCUUUGUUGAAGCCACUGUUUAGGCACAGUGAUCAGUUCGUGCACUUCUCUCUCCCCCUAGGUUCUCAAAAAAUUUGAUUAUUCUGUUUCUUCUUCCUCGGUAAGAUCCAAGGCAGGGACUUGUACUCGAGUUUUGGUAAUUAAGUGUGCUGUAUCAUUGAUUAAAAGCACUUCACUGAGGAGUCACAUUCUCGUUUCCUCAGCACCUGCUCGUCGUCUAUAUAGGCAGUUAAUUGUACGACAGCUAAAACUUCAGUCAGUGAAACUGUCUUUCUUCACCUGAAAAUACCUCUGUUGUACCAGAAGUUUGGAAUUUUUUUCACCUUGGAUCCACAUCACCUUAAUGAAUAAAAAAACAUUAGAAAUAGCGUGUAGGUGCGGAGGAGCUAUAAACUUGAAGAGAGAGGUUUAGUGGUGGAAAUCAGUAAAUUCUAGUGGACCAAAACUAUUUCACUCAUUGUGUCUUACCCAAUAAUCAGUUAAUAAGCCAGCAAAGAAAACCUGAGGUUGCCAUGCGUCUAUAGCGUUGAACUAGGCUUUAAAAGGUAUUUGUAAGUUGUGAAUUACACAAUUAAGAAUUUAUAGCUGAUAUAAACAGCAUUCAAUUGAGCCGUACUGCAUUGCCCGAGUGACAUCCUGUUUUUUACUUGCUUGCUCGUUAAGGAUAUCCUUGUCUCCCUUUUAGUUCAUGGUCUAUAUUCUCCAUUUUCCCAUGUUUGUUUAAACAUUUUACCCCAGUUACGUUGUGAACGUUUUUCUCUUCCCUUUUUAUAUCAUUGCGUGUUGUUUAUAGUUUGCAAAAACUUACAUCUGCACACAACAGACCAUAAAAAACAGGUCUGGCCACAACCGGGGUGGGGGUGGGGGGGACCAUGGUCUGUUGACGUGCCCAAAUUUAUUUGUCUUCAGCUUCCCCAGAUAAAUGCAUCAUCAGAUAUUUCUACCUGAAAAUUUGCAUGGAAACAAAGUUUGAAAUAUCAGCUCUUAGGAAGCCAAGUCCAAAUAUCCCCCUUGGAAUGAUGAUCAUUCCUGUAGGCUCUAGCAGCUAAUCUAUAUCUGCACAUAUAAUAUGGAUAUGGAUUUUCUAAAAUAAGUAAUAUUAGUUGUUGAUGAUACAGUCAUAAUUUAUGUAUGGUUGAAAUUACACACCUUGUGGGAUUAGGGUAUUGUUUUUUGUUUGAGAUUACUUAUUUUACCAACAUGCUUACUUUUAAGAUAGCGGGAUCCAUAUAAUAUACGCCCAGUUGAGAUGUGAGUACCACCACCACUAAGAGGUGGAAGCAUAUAGCAUGUGGUUUUGUGUUGCUUAACUAGAGGAGUGGGCUUAGUAGUACGUCUUUGGCUGUGUUAUCUAUCAAGUCAAGUCAAGUCCACCCACCCACCCAUCAUACCCACCAAUGCCAAAUAGCAGCACACCAUCUGUGGCACCAUACCUUACCUCCCACGUAUAUUAUGAUGAGCCCUUGUGAAAAUCUUGAGGCAGAAUCCCAACAGUAGCAGAUUGAUUCCUCAUUUCUGAUUUCCAAUGACCUAAAAUUCUCCAUUUAGCACUGGGAUGACGUCACCCAGCUCUCUCAGUGGGCCCAUCAAAACCUCUCCAUACCUUACCUUCUGAAUCUGCCCUCUGGCUGCAGUCUCUUUUCUUUUCCCAUCACUACUCUCCACCCUCGGGGUUUACUCAUUGCUCUACUCUUCUGGUGUGAAAGUUUGGUAAGAAAAUCAGGGAUUCGUUUCUUUUUCUCCCUUCUAGUUUUUCUAUUAUUUUUCUUUCUGCCCCUCCCCUCUUCAUUUCCCUUUCCCUUUCCCUUUUAGUCUGUGUUUGAGGGGAACCUGACAAGUGGGUUAAUUGGAUCAAUUAUGAGAUGUCGCAUCCACCUAUCGUUGUCCUUGGUGAUUUCUCUUCUGGUUGACAUCCUGUUGCAAUCACGCAUCGACAGAUUAUGUUAAUUCCUACUUUUUUUUCCCACUGCAGUUGAAAACAUUUAAAUAGUUAUGACACAUACCCCAUAUAAAGUAAGACGUGCCAUUGAUUUUAUGAAGGAAAAAGAGAGGAAUGUAAGGAAAAUAAAGGUAUUGAUCAGUUUAUCUAAAAAAAUCGAUUAAAUUCAAAAAAUUUAUUGGUGAUUUUCAUUGAUUAUCAUGUGCAUGCUUUAUUUUUCCUGCA